AUUUCAUGAAUACUUUUGUAGCAAGCAAACUCUCACCUAAAAUUUUCAAAAUAUUUUUACCAAAAAUUUUGGGCUCAUAUCUCGUUGCUACCGCCAAAGUAGCUGGCUUUGCCGUAAAAAAUUUAAAUAUAAGGGCUGGAUUUUUUGAGGAAGUCACAAUUUUUGGCUGGAAUUGACGGCGCCGGAAUAAAAAAAGGGAAAAAGCAAAUAGAAAAGAGGCUUUCCAUUCCAAAACAAGCAAAGAUUAUUCUCGAGAACUCUGAAAACGCCUCCGGUCCAUCGAUUCAACGGCUUCAAUUUACUCCUCAGCUGCCAGAGAGACGGAUUCAGCCAGCUCGCAGUACUUCAUUGCAGAAAUAUUGAAGAAGUCCCAGAUCUGAAUCGCAAAACUCGAAACGCCAUUUUGUUUUUUAACAUAAAACCUAGAAUUUGGUGUUCUCCAAUCGGUUGAUUGAAGAGGCUGCCGAAACAUCAGGAGGUUAUAAAGCUCUAUUCUCGUUAAUGUGCUAUAAUGGAUCCUUGUAGUCUUCCAUUUGAAGUUGGUCAACAGGUCGAGACAAGAUCUUUUUUGGCUGGUUAUCGUGGUGCAUGGUUUAGAUGCAAGAUUAAGCAAUUUAGUUGGAGGAACAAGGAACUGUGGCAGGCCUUGGAAUAUAUUGAUUAUCCAGAUGAAAAAAUACACUGGACAAAGUUAUAUCAAAAGGGUAGUACUUCAAAGUAUGGGAAGCAAACAUUGAUGGUUCGCCCUUCCUACCCUUCUGUUUAUCGUGAAAGUCAAAUGCCUGAUGUGAAUACCAUCUCAGAGGUGGUUGUCAUUGUCAAUGAUGUAUGGAAGGUUGGUGAUUUGGUAGAUUGGUGGACUGAUAAUUGCUUUUGGUCUGGAAGGAUAACUGAAAAACUGGGGGAAGAGAAGGUUAAGAUUGAGUUGCCACCUCCUCCUGUGGGUGAAGGGUCUUCAUAUGAGGUUUUUUGCAAGGACUUACGCCCAUCAUUGGAUUGGUCCGUGGAUGAGGGCUGGAAGUUGCUUAUUCCCAAGGAGAGUAAAUAUCAUCUUUGUUGUGCUCGGAUAGUCAAGCCUCUUAAUCAAGGUAGUUACUUGCUUAGCAAGGUGACUUACCUGACAUGGGAAGUGGUGGUUGCAGGGGGUUCCUCGAACCUGAUAGAUUACACUGUCAUUGAGGGGAAAAAGGAUGUUCAACCAACAGUUGGAGCACGAAUUGAGCAUGAGGGUUCUUUAUCUUCUCAUAUUUCAACUGGUGUUUUAACUCUUCCAGACAAACCAGAGCACUUGGCGGUGAAAUCUUUGGAAGAAAAACAGUCAAAGAUAGGCCUCAAUAUAGUGGAUCAUGGCCCUAGAAAAAUCAGUUCCUCAGAUAGUGUUUCAAGUUUGCAUGUUCAAGAUGCCUCAGCACAAAUGCCUGGCAAUGCAGUUCAAAUGGACAAAUAUGAUGACAGUGGAUCUUCAAGGGAGAUGAAAAUUGAUAAAAGCAUUUGCUUAAAUUCAGAAUUCUCUGAUACAAUAGAAGCUGCAAUUUUGGAUUUGGAGGAAUUGAUCUGUAGGAUUAAAUGGCUGAGGCGCAUCGUAGAAUUUGGGACACCAUUAUCAGAUGGUGUGAGGCCUUCUUGGAAGUUUGUAGAACACCUCGCAUUAUCUAAGCCAAAAUGAGUAUUUCUGCCGAAGGGAUGUAAUCACAGCUUGGGCCCUGUCUUGCCUGCAUAAUCCUACCGAUGUUGUUUGCCAUAUAGAACAGUGGUGGAGGCAGUAGCAUUCAUAUCAGAAGGGGCUGACUGCAUUGGAUUUUGCAGACAAAAGUUUUGUACCUUAGACAUCUCAAAUUUUGCUCUAAAGUUUUUACCAAGUUUUAUUUUUUGUUAAUCCUCUCUCCAUCCGACGUCCAUCGGUGGAUAGAAUUGUAAAUACUGCAUUUUGACUAUUAGGCACCCAGCAAAGAAGCUGCGUUUUACCUUCAUAGAUGCCUAAUGAGAAAAGGGUACCUUUUGCAAUGUUGGUAGUUGGUGAUCGUCUUGCAUGCAGGGUAUGAAGUUUUAGCUUGAGAUAUUUUCUGUAAUAAUAUUGUUUACAUCUGCAUAAGCAGCUGGGAAAGAUGGUCAUCCUCAUGGGACAAGCAUCUGCACUUGGCAUGUCUCACAGCAAAGCAAACAGAAAAGAAAAUGCAGCCCUCAAUCUGUAGGAAUUGGGUGGAGAUGGCAGAAGCAAUGGCACAUCGACUCUCACUACCUAAAAAAGGGUUCAGCAGGUAUGUUUGGAGGGUUUAAAUUACCAAGGCGUAAUUCCCAGCAGCAAGAAUACCAUCUGGCUUUAUGACAGGGCAGGAGUUGCGGUUCUGCCAUGUCUAAGCAAUAUUUAAUUAUCCAACACGAAAAUUUGUUUAUUAGUUUAUUGAUGGGGACUUUCCAGGUUGUUAAAGGGUUUCGGCAAUGAAUGAAAACGAAGCAGAAAAGGACAUACAAGAAGUAUGGGACAGAUUUAAUCAAUCAACUCCAAGACGCUUAAGUUACUCCCCAAAAUGACAAGCUUAAAGGAUUAAGUAAUGGGUUCGUUGUUUGACUUUCGAAUCUUUGGUUAGGAGAGUAUGGCGUGGUUGAUAGAUUGUGACCGCUUUGAUAGAGAAAAGAUAGUUUAUUACUGUAUUUCUAUAUUUCUACUCAAUCAAGACAGCAUAAUCUUUUUUGGAAAAA